CACGUGGGCGCAUCCUAUUGGCCCAGACAGACAGAACAGUUGUAAAGUUUCCUCGACGAUUCUAUUUUCGGAUUCAGAAUCUGUUUUGAGAGUGUCUCAAAAGUUGUAAUCCAAUUCAGAAUUUCGAACCAACCAAAACCAGAAGCAUAACAACUUGCUUCUGAGAUCAUCAGCUGUUCAUUGUUGAACAACCAUGGGCAUGGGCAUGAGGCUCGUACGAAAGCCUCUUCUUAAUCCUCGCCGUCUCUUCAAAUUCCCAAUCCUCCAACCUCUCUAUCCGGCUCCAACCCCCAAAAAUAUACCAGCUUUAUCGAAACCCUCUUUCCACACCCCAACUUCUUCUCCAUUUUCCCAUGAAUUCCCCAUUACAAAUACCCUCCUCUUCUUCUCGUCAUUCUCACACCCACCGCCUUCCAAUCCAUUUGACUCUGCUGACCUCAAUGCUGCUUCUUCUGCCUCCUCUUCUCCUCCUCCAUCCAAUUCCAAUUCUAUCAGCGUUGUUUCCACUGUCAGUUCGCCGCCCCACCACAAUUCUCACCCUAUUGAUGCGGCCUCUUCAAUCCGAAAACCCAUCAGUUUAUGGCCUGGAAUGUAUCAUUCCCCUGUAACCAAUGCCCUUUGGGAAGCCCGAUCCAACAUUUUUGAGAAACUCGGGCCCUCUUCACCCACCUCCCAACUCGACUUUAAAACUCCGUCCCAGAGCCGCACUAGUAUUCUUUACCGCUUCUCUUCUGAUUACACACUCAGAGAGCAGUACAGAAACCCUUGGAAUGGGAUUAGGACUGGCAAAUUGCUUGAGGAUCUUGACGCCCUUGCUGGAACCAUUGCUUUCAAGCACUGUUGCAAUGAAGAUGGCACUACAAGGUCUCUAUUACUGGUAACUGCUUCUGUUGACAAAAUGGUUCUGAAGAAGCCAAUCAGCGUUGAUGCUGAUUUGAGUAUAGUUGGUGCUGUUACAUGGGUUGGGCGGUCAUCCAUGGAGAUUCAACUCGAAGUGAUUCAGCCAACUCAUGAAUCCCCCGAGUCAUCAGACUCUCAUGCCCUCAUAGCAAACUUCACAUUUGUGGCCCGUGAUUCAAGGACUGGAAAAUCAGCUCUAGUCAACCAGAUCUCACCAGAAACUGGAAAAGAAAAAAUGCUUUGGAAAGAAGCAGAUGAAAGGGACAAAAAGAGGAAACAAAAGAGAGCAGAAAAGAAAGUAGAUAUUGAGAACAAGCACACGGACAGGCUUAAAGCAUUAUUGGCUGAAGGGCGAAUCUUCUGCAACAUGCCAGCUUUGGCAGACCGAGAUAGCAUCCUCAUAAAGGAUACAUGCCUUAAGAACUCUUUUAUAUGCCAGCCACAGCAAAGGAAUAUCCAUGGUAGGAUUUUUGGAGGAUUUCUGAUGCGAAGAGCAUUUGAACUGGCCUUCUCAACAGCAUAUGCAUUUGCUGGUGUGGCACCACACUUUCUUGAAGUUGAUCAUGUCGACUUCUUAAAACCUGUUGAUGUUGGAAAUUUCCUUUGCUUGAAAUCUUGUAUUCUCUACACAGAGCCUGACAACCCAACCGACCCACUGAUAAACGUUGAAGUUAUUGCUCAUGUUACAAGGCCCGAGCUUAGGUCCAGUGAGGUAUCCAACAAAUUCUACUUCACUUUCUCUAUUCCUCCUGAGGCUGUGAAAGAUGGAUUGCGUGUUCGCAAAGUCGUUCCUGCUACAGAAGAGGAAGCUAAGAGAGUGCUUGAACGUAUGGAUGCUGAGAGUAUCUAAGUUUGCUCAUUCAUGGAACACAAUCAGAAGGCUAUAGGCUUAUAGCAUUAGUUGAAAUCAAAGUGCAGCAGUGGAGCCCAUUUACUAAUUCCUACUAAAUUUUGGAUAAUAGGACAGAAAAUCUACAGUUACUCGAAUUCUUCCACCAAUGGAAUACGAAAUUUACGAAUUCCACCAUCUAUCCUUUUUUUUUUUUUUAUCCCCUUUUCUUUCAAUACUUUAAACCAACUAAAAACAAAAAAAAAAAAACAAAAAACACAAAAAAAAAAAAAACAAAAAACAAAAAAGUCCAUGAAUUAUCUGGAAGUCACCGACCUCCAAGCAAGUUUUAUACCUUUUGGUGUAUAUAGUUCCGGUUGGUCAGAAAUGGUAGUAACAUUUACCACUGAAUGUUAAUAUAUGGCUGAUUGCCUUGUCAUAUUC